UGAGCUUGGCUCCCCUGGUGCGCCACAAAUCACAGCUAUGUUUAGCAUAGUUUAGUAUCAAGCGUAAAGUAUCGUCGUAGGCCAAAUCUAAUUAGAAAACCGAGAUUUAUGUUAACAACGCUUAUUUCUAUUUAAAAAUUUCAUUAGUAAUUAAUAAAUUGUGAUACAUAAUGAUAAAGCGAUUCAGUUUAAUUUAACCUCUAAAGUAUGUAAAUUGGUACGAUUUAAAUGUUAUUCGUACGGUGAAGCUUCGGAGGAAAACAUGAAACGUGAAUAAGUUUUACACGAAAUAAUUUAAUGGUGAAUUUACGAGAAUAACGUUGUAAAAUUAGUAAAUAUGACGUCAGCAAUUGAAAUCUUGUGGAAGCAAGCACUAAAAACAUUCGAUGGACGAAGAAACGUCGGCUUCAAACUUUGUCAUAAGAGUUUUGACAAAUUAUGGAAUUUAAUGAAUAAAAUUACAGCCGAGGAUGUAAAUUUAAACAAGCAGGUUCUCGACUAUAUAGAGACACAACCUGCACCGAUGUGUGUUAUUGACAUAUUUGAAAAUAAAGAUCUGACCAUUUCGAUUUUUAUUUUGAAACAUGGAGUUACAAUGCCAAUGCAUAAUCAUCCUGGAAUGCAUGGUUUUUUAAAGGUAAUCAGUGGUGCGGUUCAAGUGAACAGUUAUACUUUGAAGACAAACAAUGAUCAUAUAGUCAAAUUGAAUAAAGAAAUAGCAGCAUUUAGACACAGACCGGUAUCUUUGCACAGUAAUUCACCUGCUUGUGUGCUUACACCACGAGAUAAAAACUUGCAUGAAAUUUCGUGUAUCGAGGGUCCUGCUGCGUUCUUAGACAUACUUAGUCCACCAUAUGAUGUGGGUGAUUGUGAAAAUGGUCCAAGACCAUGUACAUAUUUCAAAACUAUUAGUUCCAAGUUAUGCACGGAUUCUACAGAUAUAAUUGAAGAAGUCAACUUAUUAGUUAUCGAAGGUCCACCAAAUUUUUAUUCUGAAAGUCUUGAAUAUACUGGACCACCUUUAAUUUGAUGUGAAGUAUCAAAGCAUGUUUUAUGUCCAAUCUGUUGAAGAAUUUUAUAUUUUAUAGCAUUAAUUCGUAUUAUGAUUUGAAUGAAAGUUAAUGUUAUAAAAUUAAAAAUUCUUUAACAGAUUAAUCAUAAAAUAUGCUUGUACAUACAAGAAAAUAUAUAUAUACAAGAUGAUAUUUCUUUUAGAGGGUAAUUAUAUGUACGAGUCGAAAUAAUUCGAAAAUUUAGAAUGACGCGAUUGUCUUUGGAGCUUUAUUUACUUUCUGAUCUAUAAAGAAGUGACAGCCUCAAACACAGUUGCAAUAAUUUUAAUUUUCGGCUUAUUUUAAAUUAUAGAAUCACCCUCUGAAAUAGUUACCAUGUGUACGUAAACCCCCUGUAUACAUAUACAUACACGCAUUGCCUAAGUCUCGUAGAAUAGAAAUUAUUUUAUACUUUGUAAUAUUAUUUCCAUUUUUAUUUAAUAAUGUUGAUUUUCUGCAAUAUUAGAAAAAGAUUUGCCUUUGAAUAGAACACAUGCAUUUCUCUUGCAUUUUUAUUGAAUUUGCAAUUGUACAGGUUAUAUAUACAGAAAUGAUAACAAAUUUGAAAUAAAUACAUUAAAUUUACUAUUUUCUUGGUAGACAGAGCUAGAA